AUGGCGCUUCUAGUACACAGUAGGCUACUGUGUGUGUGCCAUGUAGUGUAGUUAAUAGUUUUCAGUGAAUUACUUUGACAUGUACCUUUGUGGAUUAUAUAUUUUUGUGUGAUAGGGAUGGCACUCUCCUAGAUUGUUGUUACUAAAACUCUUUACUAAUCACAUCACAGUUGACUGACCUGCGUCACGAUUGCUAGCCACGUUAGCCAUAUAGCUAACAUUCAGUUUGUAAGCGACCAGGUAAGGAAACUUCCAAGAUGGCCUCAGGGAACGGUCAGGGUCCUGAGCUGAGGUCAAGUGCGGCAUCCCGUUCCGCCAGUGGAGAGGAUAUUGCUUUAGAUAUGACCACCAGUGAAAAGGUUGUGGAUCUUCUGAACCAAGCUGCACUGAGAACUACAGAAAAUAAACUUGUAGACCUGAAGCAGGUCCAGGAACUUAUCAUCAAUAAGGAUCCUUCACUGCUUGACAACUUUCUUGAUGAAAUAAUAGCUUUUCAGACAGAUAAAUCUAUGGAAGUAAGGAAAUUUGUCAUUGGCUUCAUAGAGGAAGCAUGCAAAAGGGACAAUGAGCUUCUAUUGAAGCUUAUAGCCAAUCUGAAUAUGCUACUUAAGGAUGAAAGUGUGAAUGUGCAGAAGAAAGCCAUUCUUACACUUACUCAGCUUUAUAAAGUAGCUCUUCAGUGGCUGAUGCGGCCCAAGAUGGUUUCAGACAUGCAGGAGGCCUGCUGGAACAUGGUCACUCAGAUGAAGGAAGAGGUUCUAGCCAUGCUGGACUCCGACAAUGAUGGGAUACGAACCCACGCCAUCAAGUUCACAGAGUCUGUGAUCAUCACCCUGUCGCCACGGACACCCGACUCUGAUAUCCCCAAGAAACAAGAAGGGGAUAUUACCCUGGACAAAAUCCCGCGAGACCAUUCAUACAUUCGCUAUGAUACUCUUUGUGAGGAAGGGAAGUCCGCACUGGAUAAGCUGCUCAAGUUCAUGGUCCACCCGGCGAUCUCCAGCAUCAACCUGACCACAGCCCUGGGCUCUCUUGCCACUCUGGCCCGGCAGCGGCCCAUGUUCAUGUCCGAGGUGGUGCAGGCGUACGAGACACUGCACGCCAACUUGCCCCCAACAUUGGCCAAGUCCCAGGUGAGCAGUGUCCGCAAGAACCUCAAGCUCCACCUGGUGUCCGUGCUGCGGCACCCGUCCAGCCUGGAGUUCCUGGCCCAGAUCAGCACGCUGCUGCUGGACUUGGGCAUGAACCAGAACGAAAUCAACCGCUGCACGCCCGCCGCCCGAGAGCGCAAGAGACCGCACCUGGAGCACUUCUCAGAGGGCAAGAAGAAGAUCAAGAUGGAGCCGGCCACGCUGAUCGAGGAUGAUGAGGAUAAGGAGGAGCCUGCCCCAGCCUCCGCUCCCAAGCCUGCAGCCGUGCCGCCCACCCAGUCAGCCAUCGAUGUCACCGCAGACUUCCUGUUCCCCCUGCUGUCUCCAGACAAUGUUGCCAAUCUGGUCCUGAUCAGCAUGGUGUACCUGCCAAACACCAUGCCAGCCUCCUUCCAGGCCACAUACACCCCUGUGGAGUCCGCAGGCACAGACGCUCAGAUCAAACAUCUGGCCAGGCUGAUGGCCACCCAGAUCACAGCGGCUGGAAUCGGACCAGGUGUGGAGCAGCUCAAGGCCCGGGCGGAGGACCCUGGGAAGGAGUCCGGUUCUGGUGAGGGGCCGUCUGAAGAGCUGGCCGGCGGGAAAGACCUCAUCAUCAAGCGCAAAGUGUCGGCCGUGUCCCUCGGCCAGGCCAUCUCAGUGGUCGGGGGCAGCUCGGGGAAGAGCGUCCCCCAGUCUGACGAGGUUCCCCAGGCCAAGAAAAUGCCCGAACCCAUCGUGCCCUCUGCACAGACCAAGACGGCUGGCUCCAGCGGGCGUAAGAAAGUGUUCCGAUUGGCUGACGUGGUUCAGCCUUUGACUGAGGCCCAGAUGACAAAGUUGACCAACUCGGCAGUCCAGCGCAUUCUGAAGUCGGAGAAAGCCAUUGCACGUAGUGGCAUGUCCCAUGUCAGAGUGAAGUUGCUGGCCCGGUUGGCGACCCAGUUUGAAGGGGCGAUGAAGCAGGACAUGUUCGAGUUCAUCCUUGGGGACAUCCGCAACCGUAGUGACCUGGCCUUCGCUCUCCUGUAUCAGGAGUACAACAUCUAUCUGAGCCAGCAGCCAUCCAGUACUCUGGACAGCUACGAGUACUGCCUGUUCACCCUGCUCUCAGGACUGCAAGAGAAACCAGAGCAGAGAGACGGACUGUUCACUAAGCUGGUGUUGGAGGCCCCUCUCAUCACAGAGUCUGCCCUGGAGGUGAUCCGGCGCUACUGCGAGGAUGAGACGCGGGUGUACCUGGGGAUGACCACGCUGAAAGAGCUCAUCCUGAAGCGCCCCUCCAGACAGUUCCAAUACCUGCAUGUGUUACUGGAUCUCAGCUCCCACGAGAAGGAAACGGUGCGGUCUAGUGCCCUGUCCUUCAUCAAGCGCAUGUAUGAGAAGGACCAGCUUCGGGAUUACAUUGAGCGCUUUGCACUGAACUACAUGCAGCUGCUGGUUCACCCCAACCCCCCCUCAAUGUUCUUCGGAGCAGACAAGGACAUAGAGGUGGCGUCUCCCUGGACAGAGGAGACGGUCAUGCAGUGUCUGUACCUGUAUCUGGCCCUGCUGCCCCUCAACCACAAGCUGGUGCACGAGCUGGCGGCCGUCUACACCGAGGCCAUAGCGGACAUCAAGAGAAGCGUUUUGCGGGUCAUAGAGCAGCCGAUCCGAGGAAUGGGCAUGAACUCUCCUGAGCUGCUGCUGUUGGUGGAAACCUGUCCUAAGGGGGCGGAGACUCUGGUUACCCGCUGUCUAAACAUUCUUACCGAAAAAGUGCCACCAUCUCCAGAGCUAGUGGAGAGAGUGAGGGACCUCUAUCACAAACGAGUGGCAGACAUCCGCUUCCUGAUUCCUGUCAUUAAUGGACUUGAGAAGACGGAGGUUAUUCAGGCUCUGCCCAAACUGAUCAAGCUGAACCCCACUGUUGUGAAGGAAGUCUUCAACCGGCUGCUUUGUGCCCAGCACAGUGAAGGUGGUUCCUCAGUGUCUCCAGUGACGCCUAGUGAGCUCCUCAUUGCCUUACACAAUAUUGACUCAACAAAGUGUGACAUGAAGUCCAUAAUCAAAGCCACAAACCUGUGCUUUGCGGAAAAGAAUGUGUACACGUCAGAGGUGCUGGCUGUGGUCAUGCAGCAGCUGAUGGACCAGAGCCCUCUGCCCAUGCUACUCAUGCGCACCGUCCUGCAGUCGCUCACCAUGUACCCGCGGCUGGGCGGCUUUGUCAUGAACAUCCUGUCCCGCCUCAUCACCAAGAAGGUGUGGAAGUACCCGCGGGUGUGGGAGGGCUUUGUGCGGUGCUGCCAGCGCACCAAGCCGCAGUCCUUUAGCGUGCUCCUGCAGCUGCCCCCGCCCCAGCUCAGCAGCAUGUUUGAGCGCUGCCCUGAGAUGAGGGAGCCCCUCCUGCAGCACGUGCACGCCCUAACGCCACACCAGCAAGCUCACAUACCAGCCUCCAUCAUGACUGUGCUAGAGGCAGACAACAAAGAACCUGAGCCAGAACCUGAACCAAUACCUGUAGAACCUGUGGAAGAACCAGAGGUACAGAGUCUACCGACACAACCUGUGAUCAUCUUACCAGAACAGGCAGAAGAAGUCCCGGUGGAGAUUCAGACUGUGGAGCCGGCCCAUCCUCAGUACCUUCCCAGCACGGAGGAGCCAGAGGAGCCGAUGCAGACGGCCCCCUCAGCCUUCACCCCUCAGGAAGAGCCCGCUGAGCCUGUCCCACAGCAGGAGGAGGUCACAGAGCAGGAGCUAAUCGCCUCUCCAGCACCUCCAGAACAGGAAGCAGAAAACCCAACAGAGGAAGCACUUCCAGAGCAUUCCGAUGAGGCUGAGCAACCAGACGAACCGCCAGAGGAAAACGUCAUGGAAACAGAUGCUAGUGCUGCAGAUGAAUGAAUUUUUUUUUUUUUUAUGUAGAUCUUCAAAUGCUGAAAUAGUGUUUUUUGUUCAUUGUGAAAUAUUCAAAAUAAAAAAAAUCUUUUGAAUUGUA